UCAUUAAAUUUUUGUAAUUGUAAAUUAUAAAAAUAAAAUGGAAUGUAAAAUAGUUGAUGAUGAUACUAUACAGAAAAUUUUAUCAAAUUAUAUUAAACAUCGAAAUUAUAAGACAAAUACACGAUUGAAUGAUAAUCAUUCAUUGAAUCAUAAUGAUCAACAACAACAAUCAACAUUGGAAAAUGGUGGCGAUGAUCAAACAACAUUACGUGAUGAUAAUGUUUUACCGGCAAAAGAUUGGUUUCUUGAAGGUGCAUUAUCAGCAUUUCAAAGUAUUCGUAAUGUUGCUACAUUACGUUUGAAUGAAGAAGAUUUUGUUAAAGAAGUUGAAAUAGCAUUUAGAAAAUUUGUUGAAUUUAUCAAUAAUAUUCGUUCGAUACAGAUUGAUGAUAAUCCAUCAAACCAAUCAUCAUCAUCUACGACAACACCAUUGAUGCAACAAAAACGAAUACCACAACAUGGUGAAGAAUUAUGGAUGACAUGUUUUCCAUUAUUUGUUCAUAUAUUUAUACAAUUAUUCGAAUGUGGUUAUGUUUCGAAUGCUCAAAAUUUUUUCAUCGAACAUUAUCAAAGAUUUACAAAAAAAUCGAAUCAUGUACAAUUUUUAAGUUCAAUGCAAUCAUCAUUGAAUAAUAAUACAUUAAAUUCAGCAUUACAAAAUUUUAAAAAUUUUAAAUGUCGUAUUAUGAUUACUGAAGAAAGUUUUAAUCUACUUACACAAUUUUUAAAGCAUGAACAACAUCUAUCCAUAUUGCAAACAUUUAAUUCUUGUCUGGAUUUUCGUGUUAUGACACAAGAAGAAUAUAGUAAUCAACAAGCAUAUCAAACGAUGAAUCAAAAUUCUGAUUCUACCACUAAUAAUCAUCAAGAUGAUUAUUUAUAUGAAAAUUUAGCCAAUGAAGAAAAUUCCGAUGAAAUGAAUGAAAUUUUAAAUAUUAUCAAAUCGGUUAGAGAAAUGAACAAUGAUAAUGAUGAUGAUGUUAAUAAUAAUAAUGGUGAACAAUCAUCAUUAUCGGAUCCAUUAAAUUAUCCAACACAAGCAUAUCAAACAACAAUUUGUUUAUGUCGUAUGCAAUCAUCGAUUCUAAGUUCAAUUGCUAUAUCAAAAAAUCUUUCGAAAAUUGUUGCCGGUAAUGAAAAUUCAGAAAUAUUAUUAUGGGAUACAGAUCUAACUGAUGAAUUACAAUAUUAUUCAUCACGUAUUUAUCGUCAUUGGAAACGUGUACCCGUUCGACGAAUACAAUCGGAUUUAGAUUUUAAAUUUAUUGAUCGAAAAAUAUUUCAAUCAAAUGAUGAACCGAACAUUGAAAAUGAUGAUGAAGAUGUAAAAAAUCAAUUAGAACCAAUCAUAUUUCGUGGCCAUUCAAAUACCGUAUAUGAAAUGUCAUUUUUAUUCGAUUCGAAUGUUUUAUUAUCAUGUUCAAGUGAUACAACUAUUCGUGCAUGGGAUAUAAAUUCUUCAUCAUGUUUAGCUAUUUAUAAAGGACAUUCAUCAGCUAUUUGGACAAUAGAUUCAAAUGAUUCGGGUUGUUUUAUAUCAGGUGGUCGUGAUGGUAUUGCACAUAUGUGGGAUAUUGAACGUACCGUACCAAUGAGAAUAUAUUCUGGUCAUUUAAUGGAUAUUAAUCAAUUGAAAUUUCAUCCAAAUUGUAAUUAUUUAGCUACUGCUUCAUCGGAUAAAACUAUUAUACUUUGGGAUGUAAAUCAAGUUAGACAAGUUCGAAUGUUUUGUGGUCAUACAGCACCAGUUAAUACCAUAAGAUUUUCAUCAUGUGGAAAAUAUCUUGGUUCAGCAUCGGAAGAUGGUUCGGUAAAAAUUUGGGAUAUAUCACAAGGACGUUGUAUUGCCGAAAUGAUUGAUCAUCAAGAUAAUAUUCGUUGUAUAACAUUUGGUCCAAAUGAUCAUUUACUUGCAUCAUGUGGUAUUGGAUCAUCAGCCAUACAUAUUUGGGAAAAUCCAAUCGGUUGUGCUCGAUCACAACAAUCAAUACCAUUUAUUGCUAUUGAUGUUAAUAGUAGUAAUAAUGAUACGAAAUUAUCCGAAUCGAAUACAAAUCAUAAUCUAAUGCAAUUACAAUUUAUUCGUCAUAAUGUUUUGUUGGCAUUUUCGAAAAAAAUUUGAAUUCGAUUUUUUAAAAAACGAAAUUCGAUGAUAGCGCCAUCAAUUGAGAAAUGCAGGUAACCAUGUCGCCAAAAAAAAACAUGUGUUCA